AUCCUCUUCCGUAGUCCACAAUGCACUUCUAGCAUCCACACUCUCUCUCUCUCUCACUGCAAGUCUGAAAUCUGUCACUCUGCUCCAUUCCAUUCUUUUAAUUCCGGUGUAUAAUUGUGGGUGUUAAUGUAUGUGUAUAUAUAUCUAUAUAUAUAUAUAUAAAUAAAAGGUAGAUAUUGCAUAUACGGUGUAUAAUUUUAGAGAGAGAAAGGGUGGGCGAUGGGGGGAUCGUUGAUUUUUGUUGCUAUUGCAUAACUUUACAGCUCAACUCACAAUUUCCCUGUCUCUCUUUAUCUUGCUUGCUUUCUCUCUCUUAAUUGAGCUCAAAUUGCAUAGAUCGAAUCUGCUGCUGCUUCGUCAAGGAGAUUAUUGCUUAUGGUUGCUGAAGCGGCCAUACUACAGCAUGGUCAACUCAGUUGCCGCAUGCUUUCGUGCUGUGAUGUUUCAGACAUCUGAUGAUUUGUAUUGACCUUAUUAUGCUUUCAGUGGACUGCAAUGAACUGCUUCACUGUGAAGUUUCUGCAGUGGCUUCUAUGCAUCAUAUUGCUUUACAAUUUAGGAAAAGAAACUGAAGCUCUUAGUCCUGAUGGUCAAGCUCUAGUCAACUUCAGGACAGCCAUAGCUAGUUCAGAUGGUGUGUUGCUUCAGUGGAGGCCUGAGGAUGCAGAUCCAUGCGGUUGGAAAGGAGUAAAAUGUGACUUAAAGUCAAAAAGAGUUACAGCCUUGAGCCUCCCUAACCACAAGUUGAGUGGAUCCAUAUCACCAGACCUUGGAAAGCUAGAAAGCCUACAGUUUAUAGCUCUUCAUGAUAACAAUUUGUAUGGAGCAAUCCCUCCUGAAAUGGGGAACUGCACGCAGUUACAGUCAUUAUACCUUCAAGGAAACUACUUAAGUGGAUCAAUCCCAAGUGAACUGGAAAAACUUUCUUUGCUGGAAAAUCUGGAUCUUUCAAGUAACUCUCUCAGUGGUAGUAUUCCAUCUUCACUUGGAAAGCUAGGCAAGCUCUCACUUUUCAAUGUCUCAACAAAUUUUCUCGUAGGGCCUAUCCCCUCCGAUGGAGUUCUUGCAAAAUUUCAAAAUGAUUCCUUUGUUGGCAAUCGUGAGUUGUGUGGAAAACAGGUCAAGAUUUGCAAGGACAAUGAUGGUUCUUCGGGAUCUUCCGACCCUGAUGGCUCAGCACACCAAUCCAAGAAGAAAUAUUCAGAAAGGCUUCUUGUGAGUUCAAUCGCCACGGUAGGCGCACUGCUGCUGGUUGCGCUUAUGUGCUUCUGGGGUUGUUACCUGUACAAGAGGCUUGGUAAAAAUGACAGCAAAGGUUUUGCAGUUGAUGUCAGUGGAGGGGCCUCGAUUGUAAUGUUCCAUGGAGAUCUACCCUACUCUUCGAAGGAUAUCAUAAGAAAACUGGAGACUUUAAACGAAGAACAUGUGAUUGGCGUGGGAGGCUUUGGAACAGUGUACAAGCUCGCAAUGGACGAUGGCAAUAUAUUUGCAUUGAAAAGAAUUGUGAAGGUAAACGAGGGCUUUGACCGAUUUUUCGAAAGGGAGCUCGCAAUUCUUGGAAGCAUCAAACACAGAUACCUGGUGAACCUUAGAGGAUACUGCAAUUCCCCGACGUCCAAAUUGUUAAUAUACGAUUUCCUAUCGGGUGGAAGCCUGGAUGAAUCUCUUCACGAGAGAGGAGAGCAGCUGGAUUGGGAGGCGCGUAUAAACAUCGUCAUGGGAGCCGCAAAAGGUAUCGCCUAUCUGCAUCACGACUGCUCCCCUCGAAUCAUUCACCGGGACAUAAAAUCGAGCAACAUUUUACUUGACGGGAAUCUCGAUGCCCGAGUCUCCGACUUCGGAUUGGCUAAGCUGUUGGAAGAUGAGGAAUCUCAUAUUACAACAAUCGUCGCCGGCACAUUUGGAUAUCUAGCUCCCGAGUAUAUGCAGAGCGGACGCGCUACUGAGAAAACAGACGUCUACAGUUUCGGAGUUCUCGUGCUGGAAAUCGUGAGCAGAAAGCGCCCGACUGACGCAUCCUUCAUCGAGAAAGGCCUAAACAUCGUCGGAUGGCUGAACUAUUUAGUUUCGGAAAACAGGCAGCGCGAAAUAGUCGACUCUCAGUGCGAAGGAGUCCAGACAGAAAGCCUCGAUGCCCUCCUAUCCAUAGCCAUCCAAUGCGUCUCCUCAGCUCCCGAGGAUCGCCCCACCAUGCACAAGGUGGUUCAAAUACUCGAAUCCGAGGUGACUACUCCUUGUGUCAGCGACUUUUACGACUCCAACUCCGACUGAGCGUAAGUCGUGAAGCAGAAAAAAAGAAAAAACACAGGAAAGAAGACAGCGUACUUAAUUUAUUCAUUCUUUCUGCAAAAAAAAUGUGGCCCGAUUCGAUUUGCUGCUUGGACGAUCCCCAGGAAACUCGAGCCGAGCAGUCAGACGCCUCGGCCGCGUCGACGACCGGGAGCUCAGCUGCUUUCAGGUUUGUUGUCAUUAUGUUCUUGCAAGAAUCGACACUUUGUUUAAAUGCAGUAGAAGGCUAUUUCUUGUCGAUGUUAAUUUUUGUUUUGUUUUUCUUUUGGUAAUACACUUUGAAUCGUUUUGUAUAUGAAAUUGUUGGAUCCAUCGUUUUUUUAUCUUUCAUUUUUGUAUCAGAUUGCAGGUUAACUGCAUAAGCUUUUCCAUUCAUGAAUUUGUUUUGUAUUUUUA